AUGCCCUAUCAGCAAUCUGUCUUUUACCAUAGACGACGACCGUUGGCGGUGCUCUCCUCUGGCAUAGUGUUAAUCAUAGUCGGAACAAUAUUUGCAAUUAUUGCCAUCAUUGUCGGUGCUCUCUAUGCUGCCUGUGUUGCUGUUUCAACAAAUUCAUCUACCAGCUGCAGUGGAAUUACGACGCCAAUAAUUUUAGGAGUGGUUGGUAUCGUGCUCAUCAUUAGUGGUAUUGCUUCGUUGGUUACUGGAGUUCGUAUGUUUAUAUUGUACAAGAACGUUGCAAGUGGAAUGGCCAAAGAUGAAAUGAUGACCUCCGUCGUUGUACAACCACCAACAUCAACAACAGUGGUGAUGAAUACGACAACAACGAUUCCAUCAACAACCACACAAAUUGGUGGCUACUCUCCUCAACCUACUCCAAUUUAUUACAACAACGUACAACAGCCUUCACUACCAUCACAACCACAAUAUCAGCCUUAUCCGAAUAAUGUUGGCAUGAUGGGUCAACCACAAUUCCAACCAACACAGCAACCACAACCUCAAAUGUACUCACCAUACGUACAACAACAACCAGUAACGAAUGUGUAUCCAACACAACCAUAUGCACCACCUGCCUAUGAUGUUCAACCUUAUUCAAGUGUAAACAAGGUUUAA